UUUGCAUAAAAAUACUUGUCCAAGUGCAGACGUGUUUUCGUGUCGAUAUCUGACGAUGUAUCUAUAGUUCAGGUACAGUCGAACGUUCCAGUAGCGUAGAUGGUAGCUGGAAAUGUUGUUUAGCAUCCGUUUUGUCCUAAAUCAUUGGGUCUGACUGCCGACUACCAGCAACAGUGGAGAAGGAACCUAAAUUGCACCGAGAAGCUUCAACUUCAAGAUCAUCAACAACAACAACAACAUCUGACAACAAACAUCAUGAGACCCACAGAAGACCCGGAGUCCCUGGGAGACCUCUGUGUGCAGUACUGCCUGGCUAACAUCAGCACCUUCUGUGUGCUGGACGACACAGGGACACCACGCGGCAUCAAACCUGACAUCUGUAUACCCAGUCAGUAUAGUGACAAGUUACUCAACUGGUCCAAUGAGAAAGGUCGUGUGGAUGGACCGUUCCUCCGAGUCUUCUCAGACCCCCAGCAGACCAGACUGAGGCACGUCAACCUGCACGGCAACGAGAAAAUCAGCAACCAGGCCCUGUCUGCUCUCUGUAACCACCAGCUAGUGGAGCUGGACCUGUCCUGCUGUCCCAACAUUAACGCAGACUGUCUGCAGCAUCUGUACCAGUCUAAGUACACGCUGUUGGCUCUCAAUAUCAGUGGCAACAUGUCCUUCCCAUGGCCCAAUCAGGACAUCCGACUGGACAUGCCUCGGCUGCGCGUGUUAAACAUCGCUAACCUCCACGGACUCAGACUCAGCAGCCUGGAGACCCUGGCCAUGAGUCUGUCUAACCUGACGUCCCUGGAUGUGUCAGGGUUAAACGUGGAUGACCUGUCCUUCCUGACACCUCUGAAGGACAAACUCUCGUCACUGGUCCUGUAUAACUGCAGUCUGAAGGACCAGGCUUACCAGACGAUCAUGAGCAUGAAGGCACUGAGACACCUGGAUGUGUCUGUCCCUCCUGACAGGAAGACCCCGGGAAAGAGUCCCCUGCUGUCUAAGUUAGUCCAGAGUCUGCCAGCCCUGACUUCUCUGGACAUCUCAGGCACCAGUCUGGGCGACAUGGACAGUGACAGUGGGUCAGACGACAUGUCUGACACAGAGGCAGGCGAUGAAGAGUCCCAGCGACAGGAUGGCGGAGUGGUUCGUACUACCAUUCCUGGCCUGCAGGGUCUGAGACAGAAGCUGGACUUCCUGGGGCUGGUUCAGACAGGAGCGGCCGGGGCUGAGCACAUACCUGCACACAGGGUGGCAGGUCACAUGACUGAGCAGCAGGUGCUGACAGCUGUGCAGGUGUAUGUGGACCGCAGUCAGAUGCUGGCCAAGUGUCUAACAGCACUGUUUGAGCUCCUGCAGGCUGUAGACUUACAGGAGCCACUGCAGUUUGUCCAUCAUGUUGGCACGGUUAUGAAGAGGCAUCCCAAAGACCCAAACAUCCAGGUGGCAGGCAGUGCAGCACUGUAUCACCUGACUAAAGGCUGGAGAAACAGCUGUGAUCACAUCAAGUUACGCAGGGCAACUAUCCAGGCACUGACAUCAGGAAUGGAACACCAUCCUACAGAAUUAACAAUGCAGCGUAACGGCUGUCUCACACUUUGUAACUUCAGGAUUCCUCAGGAUCUGGAGUUUGAGUACCAGAGAGUAGCGGAAGUGUUGCUGAGAAUCUUCACCAACUUCCGGAAUGAAGAGUUUAUCCAGCGCAUCGCGGUGUACCUGUGUAACAUCAUCGUGUGUCAGCUGAACGGGGAGCAGAAGGAACUGGUGGGAAGGAUCGGUGUGGUGGAGACCAUGCUGAAAUUGAUCCAUGAAAGACUCAACUCCAAGACGUGUAAUGAAGUGAUGGAGAUAGCCUGGAGUACCCUGUGGAAUAUCACUGACGAGACUCCCCAGAACUGUGAAAUGUUCAUGGAUGGUUCAGGCAUGGAGCUGUUCUUGAGCUGCUUGGAGACUUUCCCAGACAAGCAGGAACUGCAUAGAAAUAUGCUGGGACUCAUGGGAAAUGUUGCUGAAGUCAAGUUUCUUAGGCCUCGUUUGAUGCAGGAAAGAUAUGUCACAGUCUUCAAUACUCUGCUGGAAAGUGAGAGUGAUGGUAUAGAGGUGUCAUACAACUCGUGUGGUGUGCUGUCCCACAUGAUGUCAGACGGGGUGGACAGGUGGACAGUGUCCCAGCCGUGCCGUCAGCUGGUGCUGGACAGGAUGGUGCAGGCUAUCCAGAGAUGGGACGUUGCAACCAAAAGAAAUAUCAACUACAGGUCAUUUGAGCCCAUCCUGAAGCUGCUGUACCACUAUGACACACCACAAGUCCAGCACUGGGCAGUCUGGGCACUCACCAACCUCACCAAAGUCUACCCUGAGAGGUAUGUCCAGCUGCUGCGGGAUGAAGGAGGCCUGCCCCUGCUGGAGACAAUACUGACCAGUCCCCAGCCCUACCCUUGGGUCAAAGAGCUGGUCACCAUGGUCCUAGCAACAUGCCGGGACUACAGACAACAAGAAGUAGAAAAUAACAACAACGACUAACCAGUACCUGACAGGUCAAGUCUUUUAUAACGCUAUACGUGUACAUGUAGAUCAUGUAGCAAGCUGAAGGGAACUAGGACUGGUUAGAAGCCCUGUCACACAUAGCCAAAUAUGGCCUGCUUAACUCCCCCAACCAUG